CGGCCGCAGCGCAUGCGCGCAGGAAAGGGAGACGCGACUCGCCGCGGGCUGAGGUCCGGGAACCUCGGCCCAGGCGGGCUGGACCAGGAUUCUGAAGCGGCGCGCGCAGCGGUCGGGACGUGACCGCGCUCCACUGCGCUGGGCUCACCGCCGGGACCCACCCGGGCUCUGACUGCGCACCUUGUCUUUUUGCGGCCCGCGUCGACGCGUGGGCGGGAGGUGGAGGCGGAGCCCGCGGUCCUAAGACCUUCGAUUGGCUGAUUCCGCUUUCCUGUCGCUUUCCACCCUGCUGAGUUGUGGUGUGAAGUGACCGCCGACUAGGAACCGGCACUCAGCGGGGAUGGGCUUUGCUUUUCCUGUGAGGUGUUAACCUCGCCCACGGGAGUUUCAGCUCUCCACCUGCCGAAGUUUCCGGAAAUAGUUUCAGGUUUUUUUUUUUUUUUUUUCGGUCGGUGGGAGACGUUCGCAUUUAUGGUUGCCUCUACAUGAGUUUUUUGAUGGCAACUUAAAUGACUGAUUUUUUUUAUUAGAAACACUGUAUAUUUUCUCCCUCGGGGGCUCGUUCAUAUCCUUACUUUCCAUGACAGAUCUUAACGACAAUAUAUGCAAAAAAUAUAUAAAGAUGAUCACUAAUAUAGUUAUAUUGAGCCUGAUCAUUUGCAUUUCUUUAGCUUUCUGGAUUAUGUCUAUGACUGCAAGCACCUAUUAUGGUAAUUUACAGCCUAUUUCUCCUUGGCGUUGGCUGUUUUCUGUUGUCGUUCCUGUUUUGAUUGUCUCUAAUGGCUUUAAGAAGAAAAGUCUAGACCACAGUGGGGCUUUAGGAGGACUUGUGGUUGGAUUUAUCCUAACCAUUGCAAAUUACAGCUUUUUUACCUCUUUGCUGAUGUUUUUCCUUUCUUCUUCAAAACUCACUAAAUGGAAGGGAGAAAUAAAGAAGCGUCUAGAUUCAGAAUACAAAGAAGGCGGGCAGAGGAAUUGGAUUCAGGUAUUCUGUAAUGGAGCUGUGCCUACAGAGCUGGCCCUGCUGUACAUGAUAGAAAAUGGCCCCGGGGAAAUCCCAAUAGAUUUUUCCAAGCAGUACACUGCUUCCUGGAUGUGUUUGUCUCUCUUGGCUGCACUGGCCUGCUCUGCUGGAGACACGUGGGCUUCAGAAGUUGGCACCGUUCUGAGUAAAAGCCCGCCAAGGCUAAUAACAACCUGGGAAAAAGUUCCAGUUGGGACCAAUGGAGGGGUCACAGUGGUGGGCCUUGCCUCCAGUCUCCUUGGUGGUACCUUUGUGGGCAUCACGUACUUCCUCACACAGUUGGUUUUUGUUAAUGAUUUGGACAUUUCUGCUCCCCAGUGGCCAAUUAUUGCAUUUGGGGGUCUGGCUGGAUUACUAGGAUCAGUUGUAGACUCAUACUUAGGAGCUACAAUGCAAUUUACUGGUUUAGAUGAAAGCACUGGCAUGGUGGUCAACAGCCCAGUGAAUGAGGUGAAGUACAUAGCAGGGAAACCGAUUCUUGAUAACAAUGCAGUGAACCUGUUUUCUUCUGUCCUUAUCGCCCUCUUGCUCCCAACUGCUGCUUGCCAUUUUUGGCCCAGUGAGUGAACUUUAUUUCAUUUACAAAGGUUGAAACUGUGGUAAAUUCAGCUAAAUUUGCAAUUCUGAGCUUCAUCGUAAAAAAGAAUAAUUACAAUGGCAAAGAGGAAAUAUCAGCUCUUCCCAUAUUCCAUUGUGAUGAAAUUCCACAUUUUUCCUUUCGUUAACUCCCUUGUAACAGCUAACAUGUUUGUAGUGAAAGAUAAGUAUACACAGAACUUAUUCAUAUUUUUCUUCUGCUGAGUAGAGCUUCUUGAGCAAUGAAGCUAUGAUAUCCAUAUAGAUUGCUAUAUACUGAACUGAAAAUUCCUACGGAGUAAAUAAUAGAUUUUGUUCUCGUUAAACCAGUAUAGGGACUAAAAGUGUAAUGCCACAUGUAACAGUUACCCAAAUUGUAGUUUGAGGUGGUUUAAACUGAUGUGUGUAUGUGGAAUUCUGAAUAAGUGUAAUCCUGGACUCCAUUACUUGCCAUACACAAUUGGGGAAAGUGUGGAGUUUGGUUCUUAAUGAGCUAUGAGGCCUACUCCACAUUUGUUCUCCCUUUCUCAGGGUUAGUAAUGGGAAAAAAGUAAAUGUCUUUUUCAUAUGACCAUUAGAAAGCAUACUUUUUUAAGUAAAAGCAAAGAAGUUUUAUAUCUAAGAUAUGUGCACCUUCUAUUUCAAUUGAUCUUUGAGAAGUUAUCUUGUAUUUAAUAUUUUUUAAUGUAUUUUCUAGUUUUCUUUGAAAUUUAUAUAGGAAUUUGUUUUACUUUGGCAUCCUGAACAAUUAGAGUUACUGGGAAACUAUUGUAACUGUUUUUUUAUUUGCUAUCUAGAAUUCACUGGAAGAUGCUAUGAUUUCUUCUUCUGUACUUAAGUUAUGCUCUUCUGUACAAUACAUACUCAAAUGAAUUCUA